AUGGAUGAAGCUCGUGCGGCGAUCUACUUGGGAAUUGCGGCGAACGAGCGUGCGUGGCGAGUGUGGGACUUGGGCGACAAGUGCGUCGUCACGUCUCGGGACGUGGUCUUCGAUGAAGACAAGUUCCCGUCGAAGGAGAAACCCACUCAACAACUCACCUUCAUCCUUCCGCCACGAGAGGAGGUUGAAGAGAGUGAGACUCCACCUCAAGUGGAGAAGGAAGCCGAUGGAGGGGGAGCGAACAACGAGGAGAGCAUUGAUGAUGUCGUGGAGGUGUCACCAAUCGAGGCGGCAACUACCUCCACACCUUCCUCCCUACCAUUGGCCUUGACCCGCGAGCGUCGUGAGGUUCGUCCUCCCUCCAAGUACAACGACUACGCUACGGUAGCCGUUGGGGAGACGGAUAAGGAGGGCGCGGCAUUUUGCUUCGCAACCAAGGGUGAUGAUGAACACGCGAAAUCUCUCAUGGAACCACCCCCUAAAGAUUCAUCCCGUGCAUGCUAUGAGCAUGUCGAGUCGCUGCUCGUCCCGGCUUCCGCUGCCACCUCUUCCUCCCCCUCUUCCUCGCCCUCCUCGCCCUCCCGCCCUUCUUCCCCCACUUCCUCCGCCCCCUCCCCCCCAAUUGGUACCUUCGGGUCGUCCCCGCAAUCGCCGCUCUCCGAAGUUUGCGGCGGCCCGGGUGAUCGCGAUUGGUCUGCGGAUCUCGCUGGAGAUUUUGCCGCGAGCACCAGCAGCGGUUACCGCGUGGCGUCGCGGCUGGUGCUGCAUCAGUUCGUGCUGCCGCCCAUCGCGCCGCCGAACAUUUUCAAGCGCUGCCUGCGCGCCCUGCUCCGCGAGUCGACGCGCGAUGUGCUGGCAAUAUUCCAGGAGGAGGCCGCGCGUAUCCGCCGCAACAAGGGGAAGGAAGACGCGGAGGAGAAAGGGAAGGCCGGGAAGAGCUCGAAGCUGGGUGCAAUGUUUCUGCACAAGGAGGCGCUUGGGGGGAAGAAAAGUGUGUUCGGCGCGGGGAAGGGGGUUUUCGGGUUGAAGGGACGGGCGCAGCGGAAGGCGGCGUGA